AUGAGAGCGGCGGCGGCAUCCAUCGUCGUCCGUGAGAAGGCGAAAGAACUGAAGUUGACGAAAUUCAAGGGGCUUGACGACACGAUGCCCGUGAGCAUGUGGCUCAAGACGGUGCGUCAGGAGGUGCGUCGGCAGGCGGUCACCAUGGGCGUCGAGUGGAACGAGAAUCAGCUACACCACGAGGUCGCUCCGCACUUGGAGGGCGAGGCGAAGCGCUGGUUCGCGACCGUGAUGGAGUCGGUGCAGCCGGAAGAAGAGAGCAUCAACACGCUGGCAGCGAUGCUACGCGCGAAGUACAUGACGCAGCGGUCAGGCCCCGAGGUGGUCGACUUGCUGAACGCGCGUCGGCAGAUGAGAGGAGAGCGACUCGUUGACUACGCGCAGGCGCUGCGCGAGAUCGCCGAGCGUGGCGAGAUCGGCGACGACUGGCAGGCCAGCGCGUUCUUGAAAGGCAUGAGCAGCACGAAGGGGCGGCGCACGUGCGCGGACACCGGCCGAAGGCGCUGGACGAAGCGCUGA